GCGCCCGGCAGCCCCGGCCGCUGCGAUGCUCCACUCCCUCGGCGUUCACACCUUGCAGCUCCUCACCCAGGCGGCCGCCUGCGUCCUCCUCUUCCCCCGCUUCCUGCUCACGGCCCUGAUGCUCUGGCUCCUGGAUUUCCUGUGCAUUAGGAAGAAGAUGCUGACGAUGCCCACGGCGGAGGAGGCGGCCGGCGCCGGCGAGGAGCCGCCCCCCGACGACCCCCCGGUCUGCGUGUCCGACUCCAACCGCAUGUUCACGCUGGAGUCGCUGAAAGCCGUGUGGCACGGGCAGAAGCUGGACUUCUUCAAGUCGGCGCACGUGGGCUCCUUAGCCCCCAACCCCGAAGUGAUCCAGCUGGACGGGCAGAAGCGGCUCCGCAUCCUCGACUUCGCCCGCGGGAAGAGACCCCUCAUCCUCAACUUCGGCAGCUGCACCUGACCCCCGUUCAUGGCUCGCCUGCGGUCCUUCCAGCGCCUGGCCGCGCACUUCGUGGACAUUGCUGACUUCCUGCUGGUGUACAUCGAAGAAGCACACCCCUCCGACGGCUGGGUCAGCUCGGACGCAGCCUACAAGAUCCCCAAGCACCAGUGCCUCCAGGACAGGCUGCGGGCAGCUCAGCUGAUGAGGGAGGGGGCGCCUGAUUGCCCCCUGGCCGUGGACACCAUGGACAAUGCUUCCAGCGCCGCCUACGGUGCCUACUUCGAGAGGCUCUACAUCAUCCAGGAGGAGAAGGUGAUGUACCAGGGAGGCAGAGGACCAGAGGGCUACAAGAUCUCAGAGCUGAGGAGCUGGCUAGACCAGUAUAAAACCCGGCUCCAGAGCCCCAGCACGGUGGUCAUCCAAGUGUAAAAGGACCCGGCGAAAAGUGCAGGGGUGGAGAGGCAAGGGGAGGACGGGAGGAGAGGUGGAGAGAGAGAAGGCACUGCGAAGCCGAUGGCAGGAGCUCUCUUCCCCCGGGGAUACUCGAAGGAGGCUGCUGUGCGAGCUUUCGAGCAAGAUGUGCCAUAGUCCUUUCUCUAUUCAAAUCAUGUUGAUUUGCCAGCCACGCUCUUCAAUACUGUAUUUCCAUGUGCGUUUUGUAAAUAACUUUUUUUUUUUUUUUUUGGAGAAGCGUUUACUAUUUUUUAAGGAGGCUCUCUUCCUACGGGAUCUGUUCCUAGCUGUGUGUGUGCGCGGGUGUGUGUCUGAAAAGUUGUGUACAAGUGCUCCGUGCUGCCUAGCAAGCGCUAACUGGGAUUUCUAGUAUUUCUUUGUGAUGACCGAUUUUGAAAUGGGUUUCUCUAAUGCCAGGAAAUCGCGUCUGAUGUUGUCAAGUACUAGAACUGCCAAUAGCCAGAGCUGAACGGAAUGUCCUAUUUAUGUGGGGGGGUUUUGUAAGCCGUUCGUUCACUUUUUUUUUUUAAGAAUUUUUUUAAAUAAUAAAGGUUGAGUAAAUAUACGUCUAA